AUGGCGACGUCUGAUCUGGAUCAACUGGUCAUGAUGGGCUUUGACAAGGAACGCGGUGAAAUGGCACUGAAGAGCACAGGUAGUUUGGCAGACGCAAUCGACUGGCUCGACGCAAACUCCUCAAAGUCUCUAGAAGAUCUCAAGGCCGAGAAGGACGCAGCUGCAGAGGCAAAAGCUGCAGAGGCAGCCGAGGAGGCACGGAGCCUUGUGUGUAACGAAUGCGGGAAAAAGUUUAGAGGGACCGCCCAGGCAGAAUUCCACGCAUCAAAGUCUGGCCAUACCGAUUUCGCAGAGUCGACCGAAGAGAUUGCCCCCUUGACUGAGGAAGAGAAACAGGCCAAGCUAGCAGAGUUGAGGGAGAAACUGGCCGCUAAGCGAGCAGUCCAGUCCGAACAAGACAAGGUCGACAAGAAGCGCAAUGAACAAAUCAACCGCAAGAAGACCAAGGAAACUGAAGAUCUCAAAGAGCAACUCAAGGUCAAGGAGCAGAUCAAGGAGGCCGAGAAGAAGAGGCGAGAGAGGCAAGAGGACAUUGAAGCGAAGAAGCGGAUUCAAGCCAAGAUCGCGGCCGAUAAAGAAGAACGACGACUGCGAGCAGAGCGGGAAAAGGCUGAGCGAACUGGCACAGCACCUCCAGUUGCGGCUGCAGCACCUCCUCCAGCACCGGCUCCAGCAGCUUCCAAACCAGCGUCGGAGUAUACAGAGACACGGUUAAGGCUACAGACAUCGUCGGGCAAUAUAAUGAAAACUUUCCCUGUCGGAACAACCUUGUUCGAGGUGGCGACUGCUGUGGCCGAAGAAAUUGGUCGGGAUGUCGAAAGUUUUACGCAGAACUUUCCAAGAAAGGUUUUCGACCGGGAGUACUUUGGGGAGAGCCUGAAGGACCUGAAGCUCGUGCCCAGUGCCAGCUUAAUUGUGAAGUAG